CUUCCCCGUCGUCAUCCAUAACUCACCUCCGGCGGCGGCGGCCGCGUCUGCUACACCUUCUCCACCGGCAGGUCAGAUGUCAACAACCAGGAAGAGACCUCCUCCCAGUUCUGCAGUUGGACAGAGCAAAAAGCCAUCUGGAAAGGCUCCGCUGCCCACGGAUCACCUCCCAGACGAUGAUCCCAAAGAUACCCUUCGGUGUGAGGCUUUAGAUGGUAAACCCAUGGUUUCAGAAUUUGUGGUACAUUACUACGCACAGAAGUAUGGUCAGUCUCUCUUCCUGGACCCAAAUGUGAAAGGCGGCUAUGUUGAUGUGAGAUUUGCAGACCAUAAUCAAGCACAAUUAGUUGUAGAACAACGUGAAGAGUAUCCAUUCAAAGUGACUUGGACACCUACUGUUGAUAGAUCGCAGAUGAUUACCCCUGGGAAAGUGGAAUUGUACCAACCUCCUCGUGAUCGUGAUGUCUACGAUAUGGAGCUUGCUGUCCCCAUGCCUUGGACCAAUCCUUUUCCCGUAAGAUUUGAACCUCGGAAAAUGGCUGGCGAUCCGGUGCGGCCCAUCUACCCAGAAAAAGCUCAGCCAAAUCCUCCAUUAUCGAAGCCUCCUUUCGCUCAGCCUAUUUGGCCGGAUCCACCAUCACGUGACCAUUUCAUCAAGUACUACAUGACCAACGUCCCGGAACCAGAUCCUUCUACAUGACCAACUUGCCUUCUACAUUGCUGAAGGGUACUAUGUAGUAUGGAUGAGUUCGUUUUUUUGCCAUGAACUUGCCUUCAUAACCAACUAUUCAUUACUGUUGUGGUCAGUAACGUAGUAUAGACUGUUAAUUUUGCGGCAGUGUUGAUUUAUGACAGAUUUGUGGGAUAAACCCCCUUCAUUUAUGUAUGUACUGGUCCAAGCAAAAUUCAUCAAGAAUAUCAAACGAUUUACUGUGUUUU